UAUGGCGUCGGUGAAGCUGUUGAUUCUUCUGUUUCUGGUGGGUCUAGCGAAGGCCGGCUGGCGAACGGACUUGGAACUUGUCAUGAGCCGCAUGACGCAGGCUGCUUUCGACAACGCCAGUCAUGAGGACCUCGAGCACCUUCUGUCACUCCUGAAGGCUGAUGGUUCCUUCUCGGAUCUGGUGUACGGCCAAGACGAUUCGGAAUCCUUCAGGACGCACGGCAGACGACAGAGCGCCCUCCUGUACCAUCACCUUAACGGCAAGGAUUUAACAGCUGAGAUCCUUACCUGCUUCUCCUUCAUUACGUACGACGCCCCUCCCAACACAGACAGCAACUGGUGGAGUCACGUGAUCGGUGUUCCUUCCAAGAUGUGGGAAGGAGUGGCGUUGGCGAAAGACCUUCUUGGCACGGAACUCCUGACGGACUUCUUGGACAGGUAUUGGAAGGACACUCCAGCAGGACCGGUUUGGAAUCCUGAGGACAAUCCCUCGAGCAUGGCAGGUGGAAACCUAGGUCCUCGAGCGAUGCUGGGUGAAGUCGAGGGUCUCCUGAGGGGAACCUACGCCGAAGUCCACGCGCAGGUGCAGGAGGCUCUCUUCGUGGACUUGGCUGAUCGACAACCUUACGACGGUAAUGGGUUGAGACAAGACGGCUGCCUCCACCAACACAACAUAGGAGGGGACCACAACACAGACCUUGGCUACUUGGAUCAUACACUUAAUAACCUCUACAAUGGAAACUAUGGGAAAGAGUUACUGAGGUUCGUGUCCAACUUGAUGUCAUGGUACACUGGCACCGAUCUGGACUUCCAAGAUGCCACAAUAGAAGGGCUCUUUGCAGCAUUUCUGGAGUGCCAACAGUGGCUGUUCAGAGGACACACCCAGGAGCCGUCUACUUGUGGACGCCAUAUAAACGACGGAACCAGCAUCACCCUGUACGCCACUCGAGGAGGAGUUCGAGACACAGGGUACAACUUACAAAAACUUGGACGCCAUCUCGAGGAGGUCCAAGCUGUCCUCCACCGCUACGACCACGUCCUGCCUGAGCCUGAGUUUGCUUUGAGUGGAAAUAAGUACUUCUUUAACUCAGACCUGACUGUGCACCACCGGCGGGAGUACAUGGCCAGCGUGCGCGUUCUGUCCAACCGCACGACGAGGCCCGAGACCUGGCCUCCGACGCAGAACGGCGACGGCUAUUUCCAGGGUGACGGAUUCAUGACCAUCCUGAUCGACGCCAAGGAAUACGGAAAUCCCAAGAAAGAGGUCUUCCUUGUCUAUGACUGGGCCAGAGUUCCCGGUGUCACCAACCUCUAUACGACUGAAAUUCCGCAGUACCGCACAGGAGCCUACUGGUCGGGUCACUUCUUCAAUGACGCUAAGUUCUCAGGGGGCGUGUCCGACGGGCAGGUGGGCGUGGCAGCGAUGGUGUGCCGCCGCCCGUACGUGGCACUGCGUCCUCUCAAGUCCUGGUUCUUCUUUGAUGACGUCAUCGUGGCCCUUGGCACCGGCAUCUCCCUCGGGGCUGCGGAUGCCACGGGAGAGAGUGUCAUUACGACGUUGGCGCAACUGGCCUUCGAGGGAACUUACGUAAUAGGAACGAACAACGGAGAGGAAGUGACAGCUGCUUUCGGAAACAACGUGGAGACCCAGCCUGUCUUUCUACAUCAUCGGAAUAUCGGUUACGUCUUCUUGAAUGGAGACGAAAGGCUGUUUACUUUGGCUGACUCUCGAACGCACGGGGAUGAUGCCAUUGAUAUAUUUACUGCCUGGCUUGACCACGGUUCGACCCCUGACAACGUGUCCCACAGUUAUGUCGUGUUGCCCUCGUUUGACCUCGAUCAGACGAGGCUCUUCGCCGCCAAUCCUCACGUGAAGGUCAUCUCUCAAGGUCAUGACCUCCAUGCCGUGUGUCACGAGCCUACUAAGACGAUCGGCGCCGCGUUCGUAAAAGCCGGCGCGCUGACACCUUCUGCGUGUGGAAACUCCGCCAGUCUCUCCCUCCUCGUCGACACGCCCUGCCUCGCCCUCGUCAGCGUCAGCAGCGAAUCCCUUGACGCCGCUGAGCUGUCAGUGAGCCUCGCAGACCCCCAGCAGAUGUAUGACGUCAUUCGGAUCGUGGUGACAUAUGCCGGGAGGGAGGCCGAGAGGGUCGUCCAAUUGCCUCUUCCUCCCAAGCGAGGUUCCAGCGUCACUGUGGCUGUCACUGUGUAGGUAUUUGACGAUGACCAAUGGCUACAACGAGGCACUUAAUAUUCAUAUACUUACACUUAUAUAAACAUUCAAAUUAGUAAGUAAUUGUAGUAAUAUAAAAAUAAAUAUAUGAAUACUUAUAUUUGAAAAGAUGGUUAUGAGUAUCACGAGGCACAAAAUAUUUAAAUACUUACAAUUUAGAUAAAUAUUUAAAGUAAUACUUAGUUGAAUUGAUAUUUCAAUAAAUAUCUAAAUAGUAAUAUUUACAAGAAGGAUUGUAGCUAUGACAAUGCACUAAAUAUCUAAAUAAACAUUUAACUUAAUAAUGGAAUGGUAUAAUAUUCAGAUAUUUACAGGGACGAUUAUGACAUGUUAAUACUUUGUGAAUAAAUGUUUUAAGUAAAGGUUGAUGUAUGGAUAGUGAUUGAAUGAAGUGUAUUUAUUAAGUAACAGCAACAGCAAGAAAUGAUAAAAGGGAAAAGGAAGAGAUAAAUAAAAUAAUGAUGAGAAUCAAGACGAAUAAAUCAGAGCAUAUUA